UUGAUUAGUUGGCAGCACAUGUCAUUUAUCUGUCAUUUGCAGUGGAAAAAGAUUUAUCGCCAGAAAUUUUUUGCAGCGUCUUUCCGAAGUUAUUUCCUGGUCAUGGCCGAUUCGGAUGAUGAGUAUGAUCGCAAGCGUCGCGACAAGUUUCGCGGCGAACGAAGUUCAGGAGAUAGUUACCGUUCGGAGAGACGCGACGAUCGACGAGGCGGCGCUGGUACUAGCGGAAGUGGUCGCGAUGAUUGGUCGGAGCGGAACCCUUUCCGUGGAGGUGGUGGAAGUGGAGGAAGUGGAAGGCCCAGACCCGACUAUCGUGACUACCGGGGGGGAGGGCGUGACCGCUACGGGUCGCCAACCCGGGAAAUGCCGCCAGCAAAACGCAUGCGUCCGGACUGGGGUGACGAUUUGCGUGGGAAUCCUCGUUAUGGUUAUGAUCCAUAUCUUAUGCAUGCCUGGAACGAACACUAUGCUGCUCAUAGCUAUCACGGCGGCUUCGCCGGUCAUGGACAUGCUCCCCAUGCAGUACGUGACCAGCCGAACACAAGUGAUAUGCAGACUCAACCUGCCAUGCUUACGUUGAAACAAUUCUUAGAUACCCAGGACGAUGGUAUUUCAGACUCGGAAGUUUUGCGAAAGUACACUGAGUACAAAAUCGAGUUUAAACGCCAACAGUUAAAUGAAUUUUUCGUUGCGCACAAAGAUGAAGAGUGGUUUAAAAACAAAUAUCAUCCAGUAGACAGUGUUAAUCGCAAACAAGAACAACUUGGUUUCUUAAAGAAACGGGUUGAAGUUUUCAAUGAACUCUUGGAAAACGGCCAAGUAAAAGCAGUGACCGUUGAUACAUCUCAAUCAGAUCCGUUGCUUCGUCUGCUUGACACAGUAGUUAUUAAACUGGAAGGUGGUACGGAUGAUGAUCUGAAAAUACUCGAUGAGAAACCUCGAGAGUAUACCUUCCCAGAACGAAACUUUGAUAAAAAGCCAGAGCGCGACGACGAUGUAAUUAUAACAUCCGUGGGUAAGAAACUCAAAGAGGAGGAUGAACCUAAAGUCAUAUCACCGCGGCCGAUACGUCGCGCGCCCGUUUCUGAUGAUGAAGAAAACUGGGACGAUGAUGACGCCGAUGACAAUAAAAACUCUACCCACAAAAGUGAUGAUAAAAGAGAUAUGUCAGAUGACGAAGAUAGAAGUGAAGAUGACGAAAAGAGCAAGGAUAAAAAAUCUUUGAAACGUAAACGCACCAGCUCUGAAUCAUCUUCUUCAUCGUCCUCGGAUUCGGAUACCAGCAGCUCCAGUUCUAGCGAUGAAGAUGAUGAUGAUAAAAUAAAAGACAAAUAUGAUUUGAAUAUAGUUAAAGAAGAGAAGGUAGAAACCGAAAAGGAUGAGACAGAUGAAAUUAAAGAAAAAAAUGAAGUUGAUAAAGUUAUAGAGGCUGAGAAGGAGCCAGAAGCGGCACCAGUUGAAAGUAAAGUCAACGGUGAGGAAGAAAAAACUCCUGAGCCAGAGCUUUCCCGAAAUGGUUUGGAGGCAGAAAAGACGACCGAUGAUAUUACUAACAAAAAUGAUGGGGAAGAAAAUGCGCAAAAGGUGGAUACUGAUAAAGUGGAUGAAACCAUGAUAGAUAAUGAAAAUAACAAAGCUGUUAGCGCAAACAAUGAUGAUGCUAAAAGUGAAGAAACAAAUGCCGAUAAAGCGAACUCAGUUGUUGAUGAGGAUAACAAAGAAAGCGAUGCUGAGAAGACGAAAACGAAUGACGAUCAACCUGAGACUAUUGACUUGGACAAAGUCAAGGAGGAACCCCAGCCCCGCGCGCUCCACCGGACUUCUUCAAUAUUCUUGCGGAACCUUGCGCCGUCCAUAACCAAAGCUGAGAUCGAAACGUUGUGCCAACGUUUUGAUGGUUAUUUACGUGUGGCUAUAGCCGAUCCUUUAGUUGAUCGGCGCUGGUACCGUCGCGGUUGGGUAACAUUCAAGCGGGACGUGAAUAUCAAAGAGAUCUGUUGGAAUUUAAAUAAUACGCGACUGCGAGACUGCGAGAUGGGCGCAAUCGUGAAUCGUGACUUAAGUCGACGUGUACGACCGGUUAAUGGAAUGACAGCGCAUAAAUCCAUCGUCCGAGCCGACAUCAAACUAUGCGCAAAGAUUACGAUGAACUUAGACGAUAAAUUCAAGCUAUGGGAUAAGGAGUCUGAUGGGGAUGCUAAGCAAGCAUGCGAUAAUUCCAAAGGUAAUGGCGACAGCGGCGGAUCAUAUGGCUUUAAGUCAAAUAAUCCAGUUCUACAAAACAUUACGGAUUACCUUAUCGAAGAAGCAUCAGCAGAAGAGGAAGAAUUACUAGGCAUCUCUGGCGAAAAUAAAGAAUCGGACGGCGAGAUAAUUGAGAGAGAUGCACCACUUAUUUCUGUGCUUGAUUGCUUGAUUUUAUAUCUUCGUGUUGUGCAUUCCGUUGAUUUUUAUAAUCACUGCGAGUAUCCAUAUGAGGAUGAGAUGCCCAACCGUUGCGGCAUAAUACACGCGCGUGGCCCGCCACCCUCAAAAGUCACACAGAAUGAUAUACAGGAUUACAUAAAGAAUUUCGAAAACAAAAUGCAAACGUUCUUAGCUAAGGCAACAACUGUUGACGAUGAAGAGCUUAAAAAUUUAGGAAGCAAAGACGCCGAGGCUGAGGUGGAAAAAUUCGUACAGGCAAACACGCAGGAAUUGGCAAAAGAUAAAUGGUUGUGCCCGUUGUCGGGAAAGAAAUUUAAGGGCCCAGAAUUUAUACGCAAACACAUAUUUAAUAAGCACACGGAAAAGGUGGAUGAAGUGCGCAAAGAAGUAGAGUUUUUCAAUAAUUAUUUGCGCGAUCCAAAAAGGCCACAACUUCCCGAGCAUGCCAGCACCACUAAACGGACCACCUCGGAGUCUGGCGGCCUAGGGUACCGACCACCGAUAUAUCCGCCUGCAUUUAUGCCACCAUACGCUGCUUAUGCGCCGCCUAUGAUGAUGCCCGGUCGUGGUGGGCGCGGAUUUGGAGCUGGCCGCAGAGAACCAAUGGAGCAACAACGUCGUAUUAUUGGUUAUCAUGACCUGGAUGCACCUGCAAAUUUCGAUAUGUUUGAAUAAAAUGCUCUGAUUCGUAGCAGUACAACUAUAACAACUUACAACUGCUCCAUUAAUUAAUUUUCAUAUUUCUUACAGCCGCUUUCACCAGCAAUUUAAAUGGAAAAUACAUUUUUAUUUUCUGUCAAACUCCAUAUAAAAUUAAAAAACUUAAAAUAACUUUCACUUAAAUUGCUUUCGUGAAAUUGGCUGUUAAUUUUGUUUCUUUAGUUUAAUGAACUAAGUAAUUUUAAAUAAUCCCUAAAUAAAAAAUGAAUAAAAG